AUGCCCAGAAAAUUCGAUGUCACCGCUACCAAGUAUGACUCAGGGCGACCGCUCGAUGUUGAAGAAACCAUUCUCUUGAUCCAAGGGCGAAGUUCUGAACAGAGCUGGCAGGUGAGGCUGCAACAAGCAAAUGCAUGGAUUCACCAUUGCCUCGACAAUCAUCAAUGCAACGGCGGAUUAGCAGCCAAAACAUCUCAAGACAAGUAUGAGAAUAAGGUCGGUGACAAGAAUGAGAAUCGUCCAGAAAAGGGUGAAAGCUCCGGUGCGCGUUACCAAAACAGCCAGACCCCAAAGUUACCUCGAAGAGUCCUUGAUCUUCGACAAUUUGAUUCAGAAAAAAAGCUGCGACUCAUCGAUUCUAUGACGGAUUAUGGUGUUUAUGCUUGCCUGAGCUAUACAUGGGGUCGACAAAAUACGGGUGUGACUACCACACAGAAUCUGCGUCAUCGCCUAGACAACCUCCCGUUCGACAGUCUUCCCCAAACAUACAAGGACGCCGUCACGGUUGCUGCAUUUUUGGAGAUUCCCUUUUUGUGGAUUGAUGGUCUGUGUAUAAUCCAAGGUGAUGCCGACUUUAAGGAUUGGGCCGAGCAGUCUUCACAGAUGGCGGAAAUCUACGGAAACGCAGUUCUGGUGAUCGCGGCUGCUGAUUCCAAUAGUGUUGAGGAAGGUUUCCUCUCUACACCACAGCUGCCACGAGAACUCGUCAAAUUCCAGUCUUCGGACUUGGAGAACCUGAACAGUGGGAGAGAAGGAACUGCCUUGACCGUGUUUGCCAGAGCUUUGCCGGACCACAGUUGGCUUGGUUGGUCCACAUUGGCGGAACCCAAAUCCCGUGGGACACUGAGCCGCAGCUGGUGUUUCCAAGAGGAAGUCCUUGCCUCUCGACUCCUCACCUUUUUUGGAGGCGAGAUGAACUUCCAAUGCCUCGAAGACGAAUACCGAUGCGAAUGUGCAUUCCCAGCCGCACCCCUGGGCCUUGUCACGAUCAAGGAGCUUUACGAGCCUCGCUUGGCACUAGGCGACAUGGAAACAACAAACUGGAUGUGGCAGAGUACCGUCGAGCACUACACACGACGGAGGUUGACGGUAGCAACCGACAGGCUUACUGCACUAUCCGGCGUUGCCCGGGUUGUGCAGUCAGGUCUCUGCACAAAGUACGCUGCCGGUCAUUGGCUGGAUCGAGACUUUCUGUGCAGCUUGUGUUGGGCGCCUGUGAGAAACAGGGAAACUGAGCGUACUUUUUCAAAAGACUACGUUGCUCCAUCGUGGUCUUGGGCAGCCCACAACGGACCUAUCACUAUGUGGAUCCCAUAUGGCGGUUCUGAAGAGCCGGUCACUCCGCGCUUCCUCAAUAAGACCGUCGUCCGCAAUGUCGAUAUCACUCCAGCAACAGAAGACGAUACCGGGGCGGUGAUUGGGGGAAGUAUAACUGUCAGCGGCGUAUUCCUCGACAUCUCGGUAACCAUGACAUCAAGAGAGCAAUCCGCGGGCGUCAUGAUAAGAAGUUCGGAGAAAAUCCCUUUUUACUUCGAUCGACCAACGGAAGCAGUGAGAGACACGGACAAUAUGCCUAGCGGACCUGCUCAUUACUGCGAGCGCGUAGGUUUCACCGACUUUGAUGCAACAGCUUCUGACCGUUCUAUGAAGUUCUUCAAGGGGUUUAGAGUUUCAAGCAGGACUGCCAUAAUAAUUUGA